CUUGCGUCUAUUUACACUUUAGUAGUAUCUAGAGAGAAACCCCGAAAGGUGGAAGCUUGGUUCCUUCACGAAACUAUGUUGUGGUGGCUAAGUGGUGAGUCAUAGAGUUUUCCCCUCAAGUUCGUUUCUUGCAUUACACAAAUCAAACUUAUGGGAAACAAAAUCCCAAAUGAAUCAGAGCAACAAAACCACCCACUGAUACAGUCAACUCAAUCGUCACAACCACAAUUUCAACCAAACACCAUCUCUUUAUUCCAACAAACAUGUUCCGAAUCAAACAAACUAUGGCACAUUGCUGCCCCUUCCAUCUUCAGCCGUCUCACCAUGUUCUCCAUCACAGUCGUCUCUCAAUCCUUCGCCGGCCAUCUCAACGAUCUCGACCUCGCCGCCAUUUCCAUCGCCUGCACCCUCCUCAUCUCCAUCACUUUCGGCUUCUUGCUUGGAAUGGCGAGUGCUCUUGAGACCCUUUGCGGCCAAGCUUACGGCGCAGGACAAAACCACAUGUUGGGUGUUUAUCUACAACGUUCCUGGGUUGUUCUGUUCUUGUCUUCAAUUUUGUUGCUACCCAUGUUUGUGUUCGCCACGCCUAUGUUGAAGUUCAUAGGACAGCCUGUUGAGGUUGCGGAGCAAGCGGGUUUGGUUGCAAUUUGGUUGAUUCCGUUUCAUUUGAGUUUUCCAUUUCAGUUCACUUUGCAAAGAUUCUUGCAGUGUCAGUUGAAAACCGCGAUUAUAGCAUUGGUUUCAGGAGGAGCACUUGUGAUUCAUGUGAUAUUGAGUUGGGUGUUUGUUUAUAAGAUGAGAAUUGGGAUUGUUGGGAUUGCUCUUACUAUUGAUUUCUCUUGGUGGGUCUCGGUUUUGGGAAUGCUUUGUUAUACGCUAUUUGGUGGGUGUUCAGAUUCGUGGACUGGUUUUUCUGUUGAAGCUUUUGUUGGUCUUUGGGAGUUCUUUAAACUCUCUUUGGCUUCCGGUGUCAUGCUUGCGUUAGAGAAUUUCUAUUACAGAUUGUUGCUUAUAAUGUCUGGUUAUAUGUACAACUCUGAUGUUGCAAUUGACGCUCUUUCGGUUUGCGUAACUGUUUAUGGUUGGGAAUCCAUGAUACCGCUUGGUUUUUUAGCUGCAACCGGGGUACGAGUUGCAAAUGAGCUUGGCGCAGGCAAUGCAAAAGGGGCGAAAUUUGCGACAAUGGUUUCGGUGGUAAAUACAGUAUUGGUGGGUUUCAUAUUUUGGUUGAUAAUUGUGGCCUUUAAUGAGAAGCUUGCUUUGAUCUUUACAUCAAGCUUAUCUGUAAUCCAAAUGGUCCAUGAACUAUCAUUCUUGUUGGCUUUUACCAUUCUUCUUAAUUGCAUUCAACCUGUUCUUUCAGGUGUAGCUGUUGGAUCUGGUCGGCAAGCAGUAGUGGCUUAUAUAAACAUUGGCAGCUACUACUUGGUCGGGAUACCUUUUGGGUUUCUCCUAGGUUGGCUGCUACCGUCCGGCAUUGUUGGUAUGUGGAUUGGAAUGAUGAGCGGAACGGUGGUUCAAACAUUGAUCUUGGCCAUUAUCACGUCGAGAUAUGAUUGGGAAAGAGAGGUACGGAAAGCACAGAUUCUUGUUAAGGACGACGAAACAUCCAACCAAUAACGAAGGGAGCAUGAUGUUGACAUUGGUGUUGCUAGUACUUUUGACUUUUCCAUAGCAAAAAGUUAUUUAGACGGUCAUAACAUUCUCUAGGAGCUUGUUUCAGACCAUGCAACACCUUCUUGAGCUUGAAAACAUGGUUUCGAAAGGUACGGUUGAUAAAUCCAAGAGGUUGAUCAACAAAUACCUCCUCUUGGAAGUUUCCGUUUAGAAAUUCACUCUUUACAUCCAUUUGGAAAUUUCCGUUUAGAAAUUCACUCUUUACAUCCAUUUGGAAUAGUUUGAAAUUCAUAAUGCAUGAGAAAGUUAAUGACAUUAUUAUGGCAUCUAAUCUAGCCACAUGGGCAUAGAAUUCAUUAAAAUCUAUUCUCUCCUGUUAAUUAUGGGCCA